GGUCUUUUUCUUCUUCUUCAAUAAUUUUGAUGUUACAUCUCGCUACCUAGCUCUCAAGAUAAUAAUAAUUGGUUGAAGAAAAAAAAAAUAGAAAUUCGAAAUCGUGUUUUAAUAAAUAAAGAAGUGUUUGAACCACAGACGUAAAUUAAAACACUCUCUCCUCUCUCUCUCUCUCUCUAAUCAUCCUCUGUUUAUUAUAUCAAAUCAAGAAGAUUUCUUGCUGUUCUUGGGAGAGAAACUGAAAGAGAAGAGAGAUUAAGAGUGGUGAUGGAGGAAGGACUUCUUCUUCGGCAUCAAAACGACAGAGAUAAUCCUCGUAUCACAACUUGUGUUAUCUUCAGCACUUUUGUCGCCGUCUGUAGUUCCUUCAGCUAUGGAUGUGCUGUGAGUUUCUUAAUUUUCAAUCUUUACUCUUAAUAUAUUUUAUUUUAUUUUAUUUUAUUGAUGAAUUAAUCUUAUUGCAUUGCAUGUAAUGUCUUCUUAAUUAAUCAGACUGAUUUAACAUAUCGGGUUUUUAGAAUGGUUAUACUUCAGGCGCUGAGACCGCAAUGAUGAAGGAGUUAGAUCUUUCUAUGGCACAAGUAUUUAUCUUUUUUAAUUAUUUUUAUCACGGCUUAUUUAAUGCCCAAUUAAUCAUGCAUGCAAUGCACAGUUGCACACAGUUCAUAAUUAUUGUAUGAAACAUCAGCUGAUUGUAAAUUUUCUUGCCUGAUUAGUGAUUAUUACUCUCCGUAUAAACCAUCAGACCCUAACACAUAAGGCUCGUCUAUAUAAAGAAAUCGUAGUAGAGAAACUGUGGUUCUUCUGUAUACUUAAUAAUUGUUAGUAUUACUAUUUAUUGUGGUAUAAAGUUAUGAGUACAGAAAACUUGCUAGGAAAUAUCUUUUGAGAGACACCUGUACACACACUUUUAGGGAGAUGCUGCAACUGUCAUACUUUUCAGCGUUUGGUUCUUUCCUGAACUUGGGAGGUGCGGUGGGUGCCUUGUUCAGCGGUCAAUUGUCAAUGAUCCUCGGCAGAAGACGAACAUUGUGGACAUGUGAUUUGUUCUGCAUUUUUGGCUGGCUCUCCAUUGCUUUCGCAAAGAAUGUCUUCUGGUUGGACUUGGGAAGAAUUUCCUUGGGCAUAGGAGUUGGCUUGAUUAGCUACGUGGUCCCUGUCUACAUUGCGGAAAUCACACCAAAACAUGUUCGCGGUGCAUUUACUUCUUCAACCCAGCUUCUUCUAAACAUUGAACUCUCACUGGUAUAUUUUUUUGGGACUGUAAUUAAUUGGCGGAUACUGGCUAUUAUAGGUGCUCUUCCAUGUUUCAUUCAACUGAUCGGUAUAUACUUUAUACCGGAGUCUCCAAGAUGGUUGGCUAAAGUCGGUUCAGGCAAAGAAGUAGAAAGUUCUUUGCAUCGACUUAGAGGAAAAGACACUGAUGUUUCAGGUGAAUCCGCUGAAAUUCAGGUUAUGACAAAAAUGCUUGAAGAAGAUUCAAAGUCCAGUUUCUGUGACAUGUUUCAGAAGAAGUACAGACGAACUCUUGUGAUUGGAAUCGGUCUAAUGUUGAUACAACAAUUAUCUGGAGCUAGCGGUAUCACAUUUUACUCAAAUGCCGUAUUUAGAAAAGCUGGUUUUUCAGAGAGACUUGGGUCAAUGAUAUUUGGUGUCUUCGUGAUUGGUAUGAUACUUGUGGAUAAAUGGGGAAGACGACCACUCCUAUUGGCUUCUGCUGUAGGAAUAUCCAUCGGGUCCUUGCUUAUUGGGGUUAGCUUCACGUUACAGGAAAUGAAUUUGCUUCCUGAACUGAUUCCAGCUUUAGUCUUCAUAAACAUUCUGGUCUACUUUGGAUUUUUUGCAAUCGGUAUAGGAGGGCUACCUUGGGUCAUUAUGUCUGAGAUAUUUCCAAUAAAUAUAAAAGUUUCAGCAGGGACAAUCGUCGCAUUAACAUCGUGGACCACUGGGUGGAACAUUUUACAUAUUUGCGAUGGUUGGGGGAAUGUCAUUGAUUUUUAUUUGGAUGCUCGUCCCGGAGACCAAAGGACAGUCACUAGAAGAAUUGCAAGCUUCGCUUACAGGGACAACCUAAAUGAAUAUUACAUUGUAUAAUACCAUGUUAAAUUGUUUUUUUUUUGUAAACAAAUAUAAAAAUUAUUA